AUGUGCAGGUACCACACGACUUUCCUUCUCACACAUGUGUGCUUCUUGUCUUACCAUGUCAUAUCAAAUAUGACACUUCGAAGGAUUCAGCCUUAUACGACCCACUGGCCGGAGAACCUGCAGUGGGGUUUCAAAGCCAACUGGAUUUUAGGCCUUUCAUACUUCAUAGCAUAUCUAGAGACUGUAGCUAUUUCCAAUUUUCCUUAUUACGAAUUUGUGGACCGAUCCUCCAUGUACAAAUAUGGCUCCUUGUUCUAUGCCAUUUACUUUGUCAUUAGCUUCCCUAUGUUCUUUAGGAUUGACGAGAAACCUGGUGAUCGGUGGGACCUGCCUAGGGUGGCCAUUGAUGCUUUAGGUGCUGCAAUGUUAGUGACUAUAAUCCUCGACGUAUGGCAUGUUUUUCUUGGCCCGAUUAUACCAAUUCCAGAUUCGAAACAGUGUCUUCAACCGGGACUGCCUUGGUUCCUGGGGAAUGCCUAAAGUGGGACCCAUUGGGAUAAAGCAAGCAAGAGAAAGUUCAUUCCAUUUAUACUGGCCUGGGCAUCCUUUUAGCUACUCCUUGUAACUAUGAAUAUAUUUUUGGUCUUUUGUGCAUGCUGACCUUUUUAGCAGGAUUUGCGUUGCCAUGAUGUUUAGUGUUCACUAUGUGUGGUCACAUGUUUUCAAGUGUAGCCUGUAAAAUGAUGAUGGAUUCCAACUAAUCAGAGUUUUUCCUUUUAAAUUAAUGGUGAUUUGACUCAUGGGCUGUUG